AUGGAGUACAUUUUAUCUAAACUUAUGAGAUUCAGUGUGCUUUUCAGCGUGGCCUUUGGCAUUCGAUUACUUUUCGUUGGAUUCGGGAUCUAUCAAGACCGAACUAUGGUCGUAAAAUACACUGAUAUUGAUUAUCAUGUGUUCACAGAUGCAUCAAGAUUCGUCGUGCAGGGUUCCUCUCCGUACAACAGAUCCACAUAUCGUUAUACUCCUCUCUUGGCAUGGAUGCUGACACCCAACAUCCUCUUGACCCCACAUUUUGGUAAACUGCUGUUUGUCACUUGUGACGUACUUUCAGGCUUCCUCAUGUACCGUAUAUUAAUUCUCAGAGGCCUGACCGACGUGGCUGCCUGCCGUUUCUGCGCUCUUUGGCUUCUCAAUCCAUUACCAAUUGGUGUCUCCUCCCGUGGGAAUGCAGAGUCGGUAUUAGCCGUGCUGGUACUAGGCACACUGCUGUGCUUGGAGUGGAAGCGAUUAAUCAUAGCAGCGCUGCUCUAUGGGCUGGCAGUCCAUGUGAAGAUCUAUCCAGUGACUUGUGCACUUCCAAUCGCUCUGUCUCUGCGGAGACAGAGGAAAAGGGAUGGCUCAAAUGACGGUUUACUCACAAUGAUGCUCAGGCUUUUUAGCAAGGAUUUGAUUCUGUUUGCUGCUGUGGCUGGAGCUGUGUUAGCGGGGCUGACCUGGACAUUCUACUGCAUGUAUGGUUGGGACUUCCUCCAUGAGACUUACCUCUACCACUUGACACGACGGGACAUCCGACACAACUUCUCUCCCUAUUUCUACAUGCUAUAUCUCACAGCAGAGAGCAACUGGAGCCCAGUCCUCGGACUGGCCGUCUUCCUGCCCCAAGGCCUGUUACUGCUUUUGGCGUCAUUAGCCUUCCACACAGAUCUGGCUUUCUGUUUUUUCCUCCACACUGCAAUAUUUGUGAGCUUCAACAAAGUCUGCACCUCGCAGUAUUUUCUGUGGUAUCUGUGCUUCUUGCCUCUGGUUCUGCCACGCCUGACUCUCUCUGUAAGACGAGGACUGGGACUCUUAGUGCUGUGGUUCACUGGACAGGCCUUGUGGCUGGCACCAGCUUAUUACCUGGAAUUUGAAGAACUGAACACAUUUGUGCUGAUUUGGCUGGCCGGUCUCUUCUUCCUGCUCAUCAACACAGUUAUGCUAACGCAAAUCAUGUCUCACUACCAGCCAACCACAACUGAGCCAACAAAGAAAAUAACAUGA